UUAAAAAGUAGAGCUUGUCUAAUGACAAUGUGAUGAGUGUAGAGACAGAUGAUAAGGAAGACCGAAGGGAGGGCAUCUUAAGAGCAUCUUAAAACUAAGACAUAGGAAAAGAUACAAAUAAGGAGCCAAGGAAUAAGAAAGAUACAACCUGUGGCCGAUACCAUUGGCCCUGAACAGGAGAAGAAAUACCAGGACUAGGCAUACUUCAGGAAUACUUUGAGAAGAGCCCAGGUCCAGAGGAUGUUCCUGGCAGGACUCUUUGGUUGGAAUGACUCAGGAAACUCUGCACUGAAAUUGGCACCCAGGAGUAGUGCAGAGCUUGUUACAGAGACUCUGAUGUUAGAACUGGGAACCCAUCUGAAACGCGCUGAAAAGCAGCAACGGGAGCGCUUUAUUGAGUACCGUCGAGUGAAGAGUGGUGUGGAUUAUUCAUGGCUUGCUUCCGUACCGCGCCAAGGCUAUGAGAUCGCCCCAGGUGACCAGCUGGAGCUUAGAGACAUAUGCUCCAAAAUAAGCCCCUCGCAGUGUGGUCCUGCCAUUCUGAGGUUUCGCAGAUUGAUGCUGGAGUUUGAGCCUGAAGGAGCAGAGAUCCCACGUCUCUUCCGUUCAAUUUUGCAAGAUUUUGUGUCCCAAGAAGAGGAGCAGCGCAGGAAGAAGCAAGAUGUGCCCUGGGAGAAGCGUAGGAGAGCUAAGAGCCUGGCAACCUUCAGUUUUAAGCCUCCUCGUCUUCGUGUUAACCCCUUCCAGCUAGAGGACAGUCAUGGAUCAGAUACUGAAAGUGAGCUGGCAGGUGCUUCCAGAGCAAGGAGCAAGAGUAUGCCAGAAGUUAGCAUGACAAGGGAAGUACAUUGUGAUUGAAGCUAGUGUACCUCCAAGGGUGUAACAUACAGUCAUUGCACAGGUUCUCAUUAACAGUAUACUGUAUGUAAAAAAAACAACGCAUAUUGACUACAACACUGUUCAGACUGUAUAUUCCGGGAGUUCCUGUAAAGAUCAUCUCCACCACCUGUUAUGUGUACAUAAAAGUUAUAGAGUGACUUUAAUUAUUUUUACUUUUUAUAGCCAAUUUAUGAUGAUGUUAUUUUGUCAAUCGUUAACAUUUGCACCAAAUGUUCUGUUGUGUAGGAAGAAGGACUUGUCAGUCAAAGUGAAGUUGGAGAUAAAAGAAAUGGGGUGCUAUGAAACACUUCUGCUCUCUAAUAAACAGAUUCAUUAAAUCAUUU